CCCAUGGCCUUCACUGACCUCCUGCUGCAGGUGGCUGGAGUCGGCCGCUUCCAGCAGAUCCAGAUUGUUCUGCUGCUGUUGCCCCUGCUCAUGACCUUCAUGCAUAACACACUGCAGAACUUCACGGCCGCCAUCCCGGCCCACCACUGCCACCCACCUGCCGACACCAACUUCAGCAUGGAGGCCUGGCUGCCCCGGGAUGGCCAGAGGCAGCCUGAGUCCUGUCUCCGCUUCACGUCCCCCCAGCGGACCAACGGCACGGGGACCGCAGAGCCCUGCACCAAUGGCUGGAUCUCUGACCCCGGCACCUUCCCUUCCACCAUCGUGGCUGAGUGGGACCUCGUGUGCACACACAAGAGCUUGCCACAGUUGAGUCAGCCCAUCACCAUGGCAGGGGUACUCGUUGGAAGCUCUAUAUUUGGGAUCACAGCCGACAGCAUCAAACUCAUGGCCACAUAUCUGGAGUGGCUGCUCAUCCAUGCCCAGCCAGGUCUAGGUCUCCUAUUUGGAUUUACCCCCACCUUAGAUCAGCUGUUCCUGGCUGGCAUGGCUUAUGCUGUGCCCCACUGGUGCCACCUGCAGCUACUGGUCUCUCUGUCCCUCUUUGUCGUCCUCAUCUACUACAGGUUCUUCAUCGAGUCUGCCCUCUGGUACUGCUCCUUGGGGAAACUGGACCUCACCCUGAAGGCCCUGCAGAGACUGGCCCAGAUCGACAGGAAGCAGAGAGAAGGUGCCAAACUGAGUGUGGAGAUGCUCCAGAUGAGUCUGCAGAGGGGCCUGACUAUGGUGGGCUCCAAUCUCUUUGCCUACGGCAAGGAGCUGGAAGAAUUUUGCAGGCAGCAGGUGGUCCCGGCAACUCAUGAAAGGCAGCAGGUGGUCAAGCCAACUCAUGAAAGGCUCAGGACAAUGAAGUUCUACCUGUUUCCAGACCAAACUGCCUCCAGGCAUUGGUUUGUACCAUGUUUCAGCUUCUCUGGCUUGAUCAUGAAUCCGCAACGUUUUGGGAUCAACAUCUACCUGACCCAGGCCACCAAAUCACUUGGUCGCAUGCCUCCCCACAUGGCCUUCUUCUUGCUGCUGUCAGGAAUCUUCAUUCUGACCUGUGCAAGGAUCCCCCUGGGUGAGCACACAGUCCUCCGCAGGAGAAUGGUGGUUUUAGGAAAAGGCGGUAUGAGCGGCUCUAUGAACUGCCUCUUUAUGCACUUGGGGGAGCUGUACCCCACAGUAAUACGGCAGAGAGGUCUGAGCAUGACGGCCGCCUUGGCCAACACAGGCAGCAUCCUGAGCCCGCUGGUGAGCACAACCUCAGAGGUUUACCUUUCCCUGCCUCUCUGCAUCUAUGGAGCAGCCCUUGUGGCUGCCUGUCCCAUCACUGUCCUCCUGCCGGAGACUCUGGGGCAGCCACUGAGAGAAGAUAAGUGGAAAGAGAAACCCGGGCAGAAGCAGCAGGAGCAGCAGAUGGUCCUGCUCCAGCCUCCCGAGGACUGA